CCAGAAAGACCGUAAGCGAAACAUUGACGUUUUCGCAUAUUUCAUAAAAUUAUUUAACAAAAGCUAAAAAGCUUUCCUUAUUAAAUAGUUUGUGCUUUUCGAUCGUGCACUAAUUACAUUACGAUGGCCAAUGAUACACCGGAAAGUGAUUUCUCAAUAGAAUGCUUUCAAAAUUAUACAGCACCAGAAGUUUUUGUACAAGGUCUAGCUGGUAUGGUAGAUCAAACGGAUGUCGAAACAAUUAUACGAGCCCAAAAAGUCAUGCUUCAACGUUUUGAGAAAACUACAGAAAUGCUGACUAACUGUAACCAACUAUCAUCUAGUCGUCUCAGAGCCGCAUCUACAGAGUUCAAAAAGCACACACAGUUACUGCUAGAUAUGAAAAAAGAUCUGGAAUUUAUUUUCAAAAAGAUUCGCGCUAUGAAGACUAAGUUAAGUCAACAAUACCCUGAAGCAUAUAAGCAGGCAGUAGCAGCAUCAAUAGCCAACCGUAAACCAGUCAAUGAAGAUGAAGACGAUGAUUUUGGGGUUUCCGAAACAAGGGUACAAUCUAAAAUGGUGGCCACUGUAUCUACAGAAACAUUAAAACCAACAACAAGUAACGAAAAGAAAUCAAAGAAGAAAGAUAUCAAAUUAAACCAACAAAACAAUAAUACGGAACCACAGAGCAGUAAAGAUAUUAUUGGUUCUCCAACUUUCUUAAUGAUGGGGAAGAGGGUGAAACGAGGCAGCAGUUCCUCUGAGACUGAAAGUGCUAGCUCAGGGGAUGAUACGAGUACAGACACCGGUUGACAGUUCGACCUGAGUCUUGGUUAAUGUGAUAUGGAUCACUUGUUAAAGUGGUUAUUGGACAAUUAUUCUAGUCUUCGUACGUGAGAUUACUGUGAAGUCAAUUUGUUGCUGUAAUUUAUGCAUUUUAAUUAAUCUGAUAGGUAUUAGAUAUUGUCUUACUGUGGGUUUAGGUCCUUAAUAUUCAAGGCUAUGUAAAUCUAUGAAACUUAUAUCUACACGCUAUGUAUAAACAAAGGAGCGUUGAUGACUCAUGGGGUUCAGAACUUGACUUGCAAUCUGCAGGUCUUGGGUUUGAAUCCCGCCAUGUACCAAUGUUUUUCGAAUU